CCAUUGCUAUGUAAUGUUAACCUGAUAUACAUUUGGUCUAGAAUACUGUCCUGAAGCUCUCACCCUGCAAAAUAUUUCUGCUUAACAAAAAACAAAUAAUUGAUUUUGAUUUCUAUUGUUUUCCUCUAGAAAACCAAACACUAGAUGAGCUGCUUCUAGCAGCAUAUUGACAAAAGAACCAUGGACAGAAGUCAAAUGGGCAACUCCACUGUCAGUUACAACACUUCAGAUGUCCAACUUGUCACACAUAGCCUAUGGGAGAUCAUCACUAUUGCUACGGUCUCAGCUAUAGUAAGCCUGAUCACAAUAACUGGAAAUAUUCUAGUGAUGCUCUCCUUCAAGGUAAAUAGUCAACUAAAAACAGUUAAUAACUACUAUCUACUAAGCCUGGCUUUUGCUGACCUUAUCAUUGGUAUGUUUUCCAUGAAUUUAUACACUUCCUAUAUACUCAUGGGCUAUUGGUCACUAGGUAGCCUUGCAUGUGACCUCUGGUUGGCUAUGGACUAUGUGGUCAGUAAUGCCUCAGUUAUGAACUUGCUAGUAAUUAGCUUUGAUCGUUACUUCUCCAUUACAAGACCUCUGACCUACAGAGCUAAGCGAACGCCAAAGCGUGCAGGGAUCAUGAUUGGACUGGCUUGGCUUGUGUCCCUCAUCCUUUGGGCACCACCAAUUUUGUGCUGGCAGUAUUUUGUAGGCAAAAGAACAGUACCUGAGAGACAAUGUCAAAUCCAAUUCUUCUCAGAGCCUGUGAUAACUUUUGGGACAGCAAUUGCUGCAUUUUAUAUUCCAGUUUCUGUCAUGACCAUCUUGUACUGUCGGAUUUACAAAGAGACAGAAAAGCGCACUAAAGACCUGGCGGAACUCCAGGAAGUCAGCCAUUCUACAGACCAUGAAAUUAAAAAUGAGUCACAGAUGUCUAUAAUUAAGUCCUGCUUCAGCACCACCACCAGAAGGCAGAACCAGGUAUCCUGGACAUCCUCCAGCCAUAACACUAAAUCUGCCAACACCUUCAAUGAUGAGUGGUGUAAAGCUGAUCACCUUACCACUUGUAACAGCUAUACAUCUUCAGAAGAAGAGGAAUGUGCUCCUGGAGUCCUGGUGGUCUACAGGAAUCAUGCUUGCAGAGAGAACAAUUCAGUCCUGUCCAAUAAUGGAGAGGAAGAGAAUUUCUUCCUGUCGGCAGGUAAAAACAACUCCCAUGAGUGCAAGACGUUUGUUUCCUAUAGUUUCAAACCAUCUGUAAAGGACAACAACUCUACACAUGCCAAAAAUGAGAAUCCCAAAGAAACAAGCUCCAUGCAAUCUUUGGCUGAGUCCAUAAGCAUACAGUCAACAGCACUGUCUUCUAAACCUAACAACCCAAUGCUGAAGAGCCAGAUAACCAAACGCAAGAGGAUGGUCCUGAUCAAAGAAAGAAAGGCAGCACAGACUCUUAGUGCUAUUCUGCUGGCCUUCAUCCUCACAUGGACACCUUACAAUAUCAUGGUGCUUAUCUCUACCUUCUGUUCAGAUUGCAUACCUCUGUCUCUAUGGCACCUGGGCUACUGGCUAUGCUAUGUCAAUAGCACAGUCAACCCAAUGUGCUAUGCUCUCUGCAACAAAACCUUUCAGAAGACCUUCCGGAUGCUUCUCCUAUGCCAGUGGAAGAGGAGGCUGGAAGAUUAACUUUAUUAG